AUGGCAGAGGUGUCUCCCGAUGAACAGCUCUCUGCAUUGGGUGUAGAAAUAGAUCCGGACUUCGAACCACAGAAAAGGCCAAGGUCUUGCACCUGGCCUCUACCUCGUCCGGAAUCCGAUGGUGGGAAACCAGAAUCCACAGAGACAGAUAUUAUUCCUGAGGAGGAGGAUGAUGGCAAUGGCACUGACAGCUGUGUGCCAUGUAACGCAAAUGACCCAUCAAAGAAAACGGACUUCUUCGAGGCUGACCAAGAGAGCGGUAAUACUCCAGCUGUCGCUGGAGCCAGUGCCCCUUCCACUGACAAGGAAAACGAUGGAAUUCCCAUUCUCUCACAAAGACUAGUUGCUGCAGGUAGUGACUCGAGCAUCAAUGGCCUGAUAGCUCCGCAACCGCGGAAAUCAUCUGCUCGAAGGAAUGCCUGGGGCAACUAUUCUUACGCAGACCUCAUCACACAAGCCAUCGAGAGCUCGCCAGAAAAAAGAUUGACUUUGGCCCAGAUAUAUGAUUGGAUGGUAAGAUCUGUGCCAUACUUCAAGGACAAAGGCGACAGCAACAGUUCAGCAGGAUGGAAGAACUCCAUUCGACAUAACUUAUCACUCCACAGCCGUUUUGUCAGGGUUCAAAAUGAAGGCACUGGAAAGAGCUCAUGGUGGAUGGUCAACCCAGAGGGUGGGAAAGGUGGUAAAGCCCCACGUAGGCGAGCUGUUUCCAUGGACAACAGUAACAAGCACCUCAAGAGUGCUCGUGGCCGGGCAGCUAAGAAGAAAGCGGCCCUGCAGGUCACCCAGGACGGUAGCUCUGAGAGCUCCUCCAGCUUGUCCAAAUGGGUUGGCAGCCCUACGUCCCGUAGUAGUGAUGAACUGGAUGCGUGGACAGACUUCCGCUCACGUACUAAUUCCAAUGCCAGCACUAUAAGCGGACGGCUCUCUCCUAUUCUGGCCAACCUGGAGGUUGAUGAGGUUCCUGACGAUGACUCACCUCUCUCACCAAUGCUUUACUCCAGUCCAAGCAGCAUGUCCCCAUCCACUGGUCUAACAGAGCUGCCUCGUCUAGCAGACCUGACUGGUACUAUGAACCUCAAUGACGGGCUCAGUGACAACCUUAUGGAUGACUUCUUAGACAACAUCAGUUUGACAGCCUCCCAGCAGCAGUCUCCAGGUCAAGAUGAGAGUGGGGCUAACCAUCAGGGGAGCCCUGUGUUUACUUUCAGCUGCUCUGGCAGCAGUUUGGGCGUCCCCUCCGGCAGCUAUGGCUCCAACUUUAGUCCGCCCUCUGUCACAAGCCUGCGCCAGUCACCCAUGCAGACCAUCCAGGAGAACAAACCAACCACCUUCUCCUGUAGCUCACAUUUCAGCUCACAGAGCUUGCAGGACCUUCUUAACUCAGAGGCACACAGCCACAGCGAUGUCAUGCUCACCCAGUCUGAUCCACUGAUGUCACAAGCCAGCGCUGCCGUCCCAACUCAGAAUUCCCGUCGCAGUGCCCUGGUGCUCCAGAAGUCUUCACUGGCUGGGUGGCGAGUUAAUGGGGUCUUGAGUUCCAGAAAUGAGUCUGACUACCAAAGCUUGAUCAAACAACAUCUCCAGCAGUCUCCUACCAGGAACACAUCUAUGCAGCUCGGCUCUUCUUCUGAGUCCCUCACCCGUGCUCAGGACCGAUUCCCCACCGACCUAGAUCUGGAUGUUUUCAGCAACAGCCUUGAGUGCGAAAUGGACACAAUCAUUCACAAUGAUCUGAUGGACGCAGAAGGCCUUGAGUUCAACUUUGAUUCCCAUCUCAUCUCUACUCAGAAUGCUAACCUAAACACAGGGAACUUUUCUAGCACUAAACGAACCUCGUCUCAAAGCUGGGUGCCUGGUUGA